AUGUCACGCGAGAUCGUCGCACGUUUCGUCCCAGCUAUUGAUGAAGACCUGACAAGCUACCGCGCCGUGUCUGAGGCGUUGAGCUCCGCGGAAUGCAGUGUGGAGGCUCUUCCAUCGAUCGCUCGUACGCUGGCUGCGCUGCAUUCCAAGACAAGACACCCAGGGGACGAACUAAAGCGCGACGACAGGAAGAGAGAACUUGCCGCUCGAGUCUUCGCGACGGAGCCGGGCGCGCGCGCUUCAAACACGGACGAGCUGUCGUCGGCGUUCAAAGCGUGCGACGAGACAGUCACGCACGGUAACUUCUCGGACGACAGCGUACUGGUGGACGGCUCGGGGGACGUGAAGGUGGUCGACUGGUCACACAGCUGCACGGGACCGCGGAGUUUCGACGUCGGAUGUUUCGUCGCGAGUCUGUUCCUGCUGUACUACCGGCACGAGGCAGCCAAUGAGCGGCAGGCGAUGUACAGCCUCGUGGACGGAUGCAAACACUUCGUGCAAACGUACGUCGAGUCGCUGCCGCAGGAAUGGCGGCCAGCGGAUGGGAGCCAGUUCUACAGUGACGUCGCGGGAUACGCAGGAGUCUGGCUCGCUUACAGGUGA